CUCGAGACUUAGAAAUCGCGCCAGAGUGUUGAGCGACGUCCUGCUGAUGACUGAUGGGGCAGGCUGCGUGUGCGGCGCGUCAACUAGAGACGCUACCGAGUCCUCGCCGGCGCUGUUCUGCUUGGCAUCUUGUUGCUGCUGUCGCACAUACUCCGACACCAGGAGACAAACACUCAGCAAGUAACUAUUUGCCUUCCACUUGCGCAUGAUGCCAAGAUGGUUUUGGAAGUGAACGAAAUGUACCAUAAAAAUGGUACCGAUUUUUACAAUUAGCCGCUUAAAUUAGUUAGCAGUAGUCACAAAAGAGACUAUUUUGUAAUAGCAUGUCGCCAACUGCAGUUGACCUGGUGUGUCGGUCGAAAUCGGAGCUCGACGGGAUUACGUAUGUGGUGGACGCUAUCUCGGCGUACGCUGAUUCUUCAGUGGAAUUGCCUCUUGCGAAAGCUUGUACGUUUGGAUCGUUGAGGUUGCUAAAUCGCAUUUGGAACAGUACGAUUGACCUCGAGUCCAAUGGUCGAGGAAUGUGGUCCAUCAGGAAGUUGCUACGAUCGUAUAAAUUGUAUGGGAAACUGCAGUUUACGUUGUGUCUACUAGAAGCAGUGAAGAUUAACAGUUUGGAGAUUGUCCAGUGGUUGUUCGAGCGCUUUCCAGACUAUGGAGUGAGACGACCAGUUGUCUAUGGGGCAGCUGAAGCAGGAGCUUUAGAGAUCCUCCAGUAUUUCCGUGAGCAUGGCACAACUGUCAAUCAUGAAGAUGAAGAGAACCUGGAAGGCGGGCGUUGGAAUGAGGAGACGGAGAAUUGGGAGAAAGGUAGGUGGGUCUACUGGGGCAAUGAAGAUGCCGCUCAAGCUGCUCUAGGAGGACACCAAGAUGCAGUCAUGUACAUUUACGAAACUACUGCGUACGAAGACAGAUGUGAUUAUGACACUAUUGGCGGAGCAAUUAUCAGAGGAGACUUGGAGUUAGCAGAAUGGCUCUCAGAUAGACUGGACAUGUUACCUGACGGGCCUGACGCUCACCUUGGCGCGGCUGCGAACGGGCACGUUAGAUCGCUUCAGUGGCUACAUGCUCGAGGCCAGUACAGCAUGUAUGACGUCGGUGUGUUGGUGAGAGCAGCUGAAGCUGGCCACCUGGAUGUAGUUCGAUGGAUAAUUGAUCGUGAUUGGAAUGACCAAGGGCUUGGCACUGACAGUGGUGAAGACGAGGACGAGUAUGCUAUGGGCUAUAACAGAGGUAACAGGACACGUCGAACGCACAUCACUUGCCUCAGUGGGGAAGCAAGUUUAGCGAUUCAUGCUGCUGCCAUCCAUGGCCAUCUCGAUGUUGCCAAGUAUCUGCAUUCUCGUAUUGACAUUCCACUCGACGCAAUUGAUAGAGUGAAAGAGGAUUGGCGGCUGUACAAAAGGUUGAAAGCAAUAUCAAGGCAGAUUGGGCAGAACAACAAUGCUGCAAAGGUUUCAGGAGUAACGAUGCUGCUUGCUGCGCAAAGAGGACAUGCUGAUGUCGUUCAGUGGCUCUACGAAGAAUAUCAUGGCGACCCGAGAAUUAACCUUUUCUGGGUUUACAGCGACGCUGAAGCAAAAUAUGUCAGUGUUGUUGACGCAGCAGCAGCAAAUGGCCACUUAGAGAUCGUAAAAUACUUGCUUCAAGUGGGAAAAGAAGGUAACGAUAGCGUCGGGCCACCCCAAAAGCGACAACGCACUCAAGAGUCCUCGAACUUCACAGUUCGAGAGGAUAUGCAUGACACACAUUCAGAGCUCCUUGAUGACCCAACGAUGCCGUCAUGUACAAAGAAAGCCAUCGAUAAUGCUGCCACAGCUGGUCACUUAGACGUUGUGAAGUGGCUUCAUGUUAACCGCACGGAUGGCUGUACAGCGGAUGCAAUGGACCUGGCUGCGUUAAAUGGGCACCUGGAAGUGGUGCAGUGGCUAGACGCUAAUCGAAAUGAAGGAUGUACAACCGGAGCAAUGGAUAAUGCCGCAACUUCUGGAGAAUUAGCUGUAGUGAAGUGGCUCCACGAGCACAGAACUGAGGGCUGCACAUUGGCAGCAAUGAAUGGUGCUGCAAGCAAUGGCUUCCUUAUUGUCGUGAAAUGGCUGCACGACAAUCGAAGUGAAGGAUGCUCGAGCGCCGCGAUGAAUGGAGCUGCUGCUCGUGGAGCACUGGACGCUGUAAAGUGGCUGCAUCAUCAUCGAUCUGAGAGCUGCACGCCAUUAGCCAUGGACGAAGCUGCUCGUAAAGGUCACCUACAUGUACUUCGAUGGCUGUUUGAAAACCGGGACGAAGGUUUUACUACGGUAGCAGUGUAUAAUGCGGCUCAGGCGGGGCACUUCGAAACCGUGUUGAUUCUACACAACUUGGCACAAAAAGGCCUUGUGCCUGAAGUUGAAAAAAUGAACGAAGAUGCCUCGAUGGUCUUGAUCUCUGACAUAUAUCAAGAAGUUGUGAGGGCUGUACUGCCAAAAACUGACGAGUAGCUUCAGAAGCUUGAGCGAUUGACAUACAAUGCUG